AUGGCAACUGCACCACCAGUGUCUGAGCUGAGGAUUGUUCUGCUGGGGAACAGCUGGUCUGAGAGGAGUUCAGUGGGGAACAUCAUACUGGGAGAGACUGUGUUCAACACUGAGGAAGAACCAGUCUUUCUGAAAGUCAGUGGACAAAUUGAAGAGAAAAAAAUUGUUGUCAUUAACACUCCAGAUCUGCUGCUCCCAAACAUCUCUGAAGACAAACUAAGAAAACAUGUAGAAAACUGUGUGAAACACUCUGAUCCUGGCCCUCAUGUGUUCCUGCUGGUUUUACAGCCUGAAGACUUCACUGAGAAAGACAAACUGGGACUCUGCAGAGUCCUGAAACUCUUCAGUGAUCGGUCAUUUGAUCAUUCAUUGGUGCGGAUAUCACCACCCAGAGAGGAGAGUUCAGGGUUCACACCAAACACAUCACACAACCCUUCAGCAGUGGAAAGCACAAUGAACCAAACAUGUGGACUCAGGAUUGUGAUGUUGGGAAAAAGUGAAGAUUCAAAGACAACACUCGGCAACUUAAUCCUUGGUAGCCAAGACUUUGAUUUCCAGAAACAUACCCCACUUAAACAUGGUGUGGCCAUCUGUGGAGAGUGGAAUGGACAUUUUCUAACAGUAGUGAAAACUCCAGACAUCUUCAGUCUGCAUGUGGAAGCAGUCAGAGAAGAGAUGAAAAGGACCAUCAGUCUCUGCCUCCCUGGACCAAAUGUCCUGCUGCUGUUAGUAAAUCCUUCUGAGUUCACUGAGGAGAACAGACAAACACUGGAGUUCAUCCCGAGUUUGUUUGAUCAAGAUGCCUUUCAACACUCAAUGGUCAUUACCACACAUGAGGGGAAAGAAACUAGUUUCACUGUGAAUCAGCUCCUUAAAGGCUGUGGCGACAGACACUGCAGCAUGUUAACAAUUGACCGCACAUUGUUAAUGGAGAAUAUUGAGAACAUCGUGCAUGAAAACAAAGGGACCUUCCUCACCUUCACUGAAGAGACCAUCAGACCAACAUCUGGACACAUCAGACCAGCUUUAAACCUGGUUCUGUGUGGGAGGAGAGGAGCAGGGAAGACUUCAGCAGCCAAGGCCAUUUUAGGACAGACAGAGCUUCAUUCAGUCUCCAACCCAUCAGAGUGUGUUAAACAUCAGGGAGAGGUGUGUGGACGUCGGGUGUCCCUGGUGGAGCUGCCUGCCUUGUAUGGAGAAGGUCAGGAGGAAGUGAUGGAGGAAUCAUUCAGGUGUAUCUCCCUCUGUGAUCCUGAGGGUGUCCAUGCCUUCAUCCUGGUCCUACCUGUGGGCCCCCUCACUGAUGAAGACAAGGGAGAGUUACAGACCAUCCAGAACACUUUCAGCUCUCGAGUCAAUCACUUCACCAUGAUUCUGUUCACUGUGGAGUCAGAUCCUACAGCUCCAGAUGUUUUUCCAAGGGAAAACAAGGACAUCCAGGAGCUCCGUCAGAGCUAUGGAAGAAGAUGUGUUGUUCUCAACAUCAAGGACCAGCAGCAGAUUGCAGAGAUGUUGGAUGGUGUGGACAUACCAUAUGGCUAUACAACAGAAACAUUUGCACAUGCCCAAAUAGAAAAAAUCAUACAACAAGAGAAACGUAUCAACAUGCAACACGCUGAACUUCAGACGCUGAAAAAGAGCAACAUCACACGUGAUGAUGAGAAGCAGAGGCCAGAGUGUCUCAGGAUUGUGCUGAUAGGCAAGACCGGCUGUGGAAAGAGCUCUACAGGAAACACCAUUCUAGGAAGAAAGGAGUUCAAAGCUGAAACAAGCCAAACAUCAGUCACCAAACGUUGUCAGAAAGCAGAGACCGUAGUGAACGGUCGUCCUGUCGCUGUGGUCGACACUCCUGGUCUGUUCGACACAACUUUGUCCCAUGAAGAGGUUGAUGAGGAGAUGGUGAAAUGCAUCAGUCUUCUGGCUCCAGGACCUCAUGUCUUCCUGGUGGUGUUAGAAAUUGGGAGACUCACACCAGAGGAAAAGGAGACAUUGCAACGUAUCGAGAAUGGCUUUGGCAAGAAUGCUAAAAAGUUCACCAUCAUUCUUUUAACUGGAGGAGAUUCACUGGAACAUGACAAAGUCUCCAUUGAUGAGUACAUUGCGAAAGGAUGUGAUUCCUUUGAGAAACUGAUCGCUGACUGUGGAGGAAGAUACCAUGUGUUCAAUAACUAUGAUGAACAAAACCAGACACAAGUCAGUGAGCUGAUAACCAAGAUUGACACCAUGGUGAAGGAAAAUGGAGGCAGCUGUUACACCAAUGAUAUGUUGCAAGAGGCCGAGGCAGCUAUACAGAAAGAAGUGGAGAAGAUCCUUAAGGAAAAGGAAGAAGAGAUGCAGAGAGAGAGGGAGGAACUGGGAAGAAAAUAUGAAGAAGAAAUGGAAGCAAUGAAAAAAAGAAUGGAAGAACAGAGAGCAGAAAUUGAACAGGAGAGAAAACUGAGAGAAAAACAACAUGAGGAAUACAUCAACAAGGAGCUUGAAGAAAGAAAGAAAGAAGAAGGAAGGAUAGAUGAAGAAGACCAGGUGAAGAAAAUACAGGAAGGAUUACAGCGACAGGACUGGGAACGAAAACUUGAAGUUAUGGAGGAAAACAUAAAACAAGAAUUCAAAUCAAAGGAAACCACUGACAGAAAGCUGGGGCAGAAAACAGAAGAGAUGAAGGACAAACAAGAGGCUUGGGAAAAGGAAUGGAAAGAGUGGUGGGAAAAAAGAGAUCAGGAAUAUAAGCAGAGGCAACAGGAAGAACAUGCAAUAAUCGAGCAGGAAAAAGAAAAAUAUGAAAACAACAGAAAAGAAGAGGAUAGAAUCAGACGAGAACAGGAGGAAAAAGAGCGAAAGGAAUUGCAGGAAAACUACGAGAAUAGUCUGGUGCAUAUAAAGGAGGAAUAUGAAGAAGAAGCCAGAAAAAAAGCGGAGGAAUUCAAUAAAUUCGGAGAGAAAUGCAUGAAGGAGUUGAAAGAGCGCGAGGAACAAAUGAAAGCCAAAGAUGAACAAUAUGACAUCUUACAGGCCCUUUCAGCUCAGAGUAAGGAACAAAUGAAGAAAAAACAUCAAGGAGAAAUCACUAACUUAGUGAAGUGUUUCACCAAAAAAAGAGGAAAUGUUAAAAGAAUCCGUGACUUGCUGAAAAAACAAGAACAAGAAAUGAGGGUGGUGAGAAAUCUGAAGGAUAAGGAAAACCUGCAGAAAACACAUGAAAACCAAAUAAGUGACAUGAUACAGGAACUUUUGAAAGGAAUAGAUGAACCACAUUGGUGUCCCAUCUUAUAAGGCAUUUUAUUUUGUAGCCAUGCUAGUGGCUUGGCUCUAGGGAUGGGAUCUGUCCAUCUUCCAUCUGUCCAGACUGAAACACCUCAACAAGUUUUGGGUAGAUUGCCAAUAAAUGUUGACAUUUUGAUUUCACACGGGACACUAACAGCAGUCUGUUUGUAUAACCAAUCCAUCCAACCCGGACUUCUGGUUAGAAUAGAAUUUGUGAAUGUCAAAAACGAAUGUAAUCCAACAUG